AUGACGGAGGAGCAUUCCACAUUAUUUGAUCAAUAUGAUAUUCAGAUAUCCAACACCGAACGACGAAAUUCGAGUAUUGCGAUUCAAGAUUGUUACAUCGUCUACUUGAUUGAGUGUCGAUUGAAGGCAAAUAAAGAGGAUGAAUCGAUCUGUGUCUUUCGUCGAUAUUCAGACUUUGAAACUUUACGAAAUUACCUUGUCGCGAAAUACUCGUGGGUUAUCGUUCCAGUUCUCCCGGAGAAAACGAUCUCUCAUACAUGGUCCAAAUCGCAUCAAGAUCGAACCAGUGUUGAAGUGGUCGAACGACGACGUGUUUUACUUGAACGCUUUCUUCAACAUGUUUGUGCUCAUCCAACUCUUUCAGCAGACUCCGCUGUUCAAACAUUUUUACUCCAGAACGAUGGUUGGAAACACAUUGUAGACACCAGUCAUGUACUUAACAAAUCCGAAUCUUUGAUUCCUUCGUUUAAACUGAACUUGAUGCAACAUGAACGCACAAAAGAUAAACGAUUUCUUGAUGCCUAUCAAUACGCGAUCGAUUUGAAUAAUGUUCUGCACAAUGUUCUCCGAGCACGUGCAAAACUCGCCGACCGCAUAUUUCUAUAUUAUCAGUCGCAUAAUCAACUUGGUCGAUUGUUCAGCGAGUGGAGUACAACGGAAGAUAAACUCGGCGAUUCACUACAACGCGCGGGACAUUUUCUCGAUAGUUUUGCGGGACAAAUUGAAGAAUAUCUUCAUGAGGAGGACGCACUAAUGGAUUUCUUAAAACAUCAAGCAUCCUAUUGUGAUGUUAUCAAGUCAGUAGUCGAAAAACACGAACAAUUAGUCGAAGAUAAUUCGAAACAGGAAACGACGUUAGGAGUUAAACGAACUCAACGCGAUGCCUAUGCAACUGGGAAAAUGAAUUUUUCAGUCAAUGCAUUGAAAUCGAAACUGUUUGGUGAAAACGAUCAGACGCGUUAUGCGAAAAUCGAAACCAUGGAUUCGGAUAUUAAUGACGCGGUUCUACAUUGCCAAAACGCAGAUAUUCGUGUGAAAGAAUUCAAUAAAAAUGCUCUGAUUGAACUUGAUUUCUAUAAAACAAUGAAAGAAGAACAAAUGCGUGAAAUCCUUCGUUCAUACUGCCUUCUUCAAGCUCGAAUUGCUAAAGCGGCUUUGAAAAGUUGGACAAAUAUUCGCGAUAGUUUCUCUAGUGGACAAACACCAAUUUAA